AUGGUCGACGGGGACUAUGCCACCAGGCCACAGGGCAUUUUGAAAAUAGUUGGAGCCAUUCUGGGCUUUACCACAAUGAUUGUCAUUGUGACGACCCUGCCUCUCAAGGAGAUUGAUGCGCCUCCCUUUAACGUUACCGAGCCGCUAUAUGCUGUUGCGCCUGAAACGAGGGCAUGCGGAGUUCUGCUUUUCGUGCCGAUUUACGUCUGGGUUGUGUGUCUGACCCUACUUCUCCUUCGCAUAAGUGAGGGUGGAGGCAUGGACAUCUUUGUAAGGCGCUGUUUUAUGUUUUUUGAUGUUUCAAUCAAGUCAAUUUUUUACGCGUCGUUUUUUUCAUAUUUAAAUGCAAACAGGGACUUUGCCUGA